GACUCCUGAAACAUGUGAGGUUAGAAAAGGGGUUGUUUUUGCAUGUGGUGAGAGAGAGAGAGACCCAUUCUCAAAUUCGUAAAGGCGCGUGCACAACCAUAAGGAAGGAAGAUGCGAGCUCUAGGGGGCUGCAUUCCCAUUGACUGUUCCAUCUCCCUGUCAGUGGCAGCAACAUUAGCAGUGCCGAGGCGGUGGCAGCACUGAGAGAGAGAGAGAGCGAGAGAGAGAUAGGAACGCAACACACGGACUUUACCGUCGUCCAACUCCACCGAGCCCGUGUCCGGUGGCGCGAGGGGAUCACAGCUCAAGGCCAGUCCAUCCGGAGGGUCCCUCGGCUUGCUUGUGUCAACUCUUGGCGUGGAGAUGGGCUUCCCGUAAAACCGGCGGUGGUGGAGGGGAGAGGCGGGCCGGCGGGGGGUGGGGGGGAGCAGCGAGAGACGAGAGAGAGAGGAGGUGGAGGAAAAAAAGCCGAGGAGGACGAGAAACAAAAGCACAACCGUGGGUGCCUGCAACAACCAUGAGCAGAGGCGGCUUGCCCUAUUCACCAGAGCUGCUGCUCUACCCGUGGACUAUGUCGUGAGGUGUGGCUCGCAACGCUAAGCAGCAGGGAUUUCUGUCAGUCGAAACGACAGUAACACGCCAAGGAGGGGUGCUGCUGGAGGAAAAGAUGUCGUCCGCCUCGGUGGGGCCCCAGGGCGGCCCUCGCCCACCCACCGCGCCGCCGACCGUGCCCGAACUGCCGGACCUCAGCCAUCUCACCGAGGAGGAGAGGAAAAUUAUCAUGGCCGUGAUGGAUCGGCAGAAGGAGGAAGAGGAGAAAGAGGAAGCCGUGUUAAAGACGCUGCACCAGCAGUUUGAAAGUUAUAAGGAGCAGGUGCGUCGCAUCGGCGUGGAGACGCGGCGCCAGCAGCAGGGCCAGCACAAGGACGACGCCCCCACCUGCGGCAUCUGCCGCAAGACCAAGUUCGCCGAUGGCUGCGGACACCACUGCUCCUACUGCCAGACCAAAUUCUGUGCCCGCUGCGGCGGACGCGUCUCCCUGCGCUCCAACAACGAGGACAAAGUGUGUCUCAUAGUGAAGGACAGGGUAAUGUGGGUAUGCAACCUGUGCCGUAAGCAACAGGAGAUCCUCACCAAAUCGGGAGAAUGGUUUUCGGGGCCGGAGCCGAGGCAGAUGAGCCUGGAUGGCGGCCUGAACGCCCCGCCCACGGGGGGUGACGCCCAACGGGGGGACAGGAAGCUACUCCGCUCCAGGUCCCAGGCCCCGCCCUCUUCCAGCGGUAACGCAGGGGCGGCGCCCGACGGAACGCACCAGCCACCAACGGUAUUGGCCAAGGGAGCGUUGGACACCAUGCCGGCGUCACGCGCUCGGAGCGAACCACCACGAGACAAGAAAAGACCUGUGUCCCUCCAUGAGCAGAACGGUAAGCCUGGUGGUGUGGGUCGUGGUAGAGGAGGCCGGGGACCCCCAGGCAAGCUUCAAACCGUGGCUUCCCAGGAGGAGUUCUGCGGUCCCGGGGACAGAGACCGGCGGGACGGCCGGCACCUGGAGAAGGUCCGCUCCCAUGACUACCCCGACGGCGGCGACCAAGGGAAUCGUCCCGACCUCCGGAGACGCCCCCCGGAGGAGGAUGAGCUGGAACGCAAGCGGCGCCAGGAGGAGGAGUUCCAGACGCGUUACCGCAGCGACCCCAACCUGGCGCGCUACCCGGUCAAGCCGCAGAAGGAGGAGCAGGAGAUGCGCAUGCAUGCCAAGGUGUCAAAGGUCCGCCACGAGCGGCGCCACAGCAACAACGCCAUCAAUGAGGUGGGGCUGGAGGGCGGGGGAGGGAACAUGGGGGAUGUACCUGAGAAUCGUCUCCGGAGGGGCGGCGGUGGUGGUGGAGAACCGGACCGCAAGGCAUCCAUGGAGAACCACCGGGCCUACUCCAUGGACAGGACCAACCAGAACCACGGACCCCCUUCAACCAUCCGGUGUUGGCCCACGACCGGGCCCCCAUCCUGGUGCUCCUCACCCCCACCAAGGACCACCCCCUCCAGCAGGUUGGGACCCCCCUAA